GCCAUUAUCACUUCCGACGAAGAGAUUGUUCCAAGAUGGAAGAGGAACUAUGUGAUGAAGCUGACCGAAAUCAACCAGCUCAGAUCCGGAUCACAUAAACAGGAGUCACUCAUUGAAGAUGAAUCACAGCUGGACAGGGAUCUUCGAAUAAUUGAGAGACACCAUGGUGUAAAACGAAGGUGGCUCCCUUCGGAUGACAUUUUCCAGAGAACACUGAGAGAUGUUGACCAGGAACUUAGAGGUCAGCUGAUACGACGAGCACAAAAUGAAGCAAGGGAGAGGACCACUCUUCUCAACCUGAAAAGAAGAUAUAAUGAUGGACAGGGAGUUGCUUUAAGGCUGUCCAAGCAAGUGAAUGCCUGUAACAGGAAACUGAAGAAGAUUGUUACAGAGUACAAUAAUCUGCAGUGGCCUCCACAAACUGGCAUCUUUCCAUCACAUUUAGAAUUUCGAGAAUUGUGUGAUGCCUCCUCCCAGCUGUACACAUUGUUUGAUGAACAAAUUGAAGAUCAUGGUGUUGUUCCAAAGAACCUAAAAAGUCGAGCAAUAGAAGCCCUGCAUUUGAAGACUAGAGCAGCUGAAGAAAAGCUUCUACUUAAGAGAGAGAUGAACACUGUCAUUCUUCACCUUCAUCAACAACAUGGACAUUUAAGUUCAGCUAUAAAUGAUACUGCAGAUCCUGGUUCAAAAGCUGUACUUCAUCAAAACAUUAUCAUGUUAGAAAAGAAAAUGUACAGUGCAAUGAACAUGUUCAAGAGGUUUAUUGAAGUUGGUGCCCCUCCUCCAAAUCAUCACCUACCAGAGUUUAACUCUCAUUCUCAAGCACUUAUGUCUCCAGAUCUACAUUACAUAGACUAUGAUGAAAGCAUUGACGAUGGAGAGGAUGAAGAGGAUGAUGACGACAAUGUUGACGAAGGAGAGAACAGCAUAGAUUGUGAAUCAUCUUCAUGAUUUAUGGCCACUUA